AUGGAUGCCGAACAAGUUGGGGAUCUGGGUCGCCAUCUAUUAGGAAGCAUCGGCUAUCCACGCGAAAACCCCCCAAGAAUGGUCCCAAUGGAUCCGGAAAUGAAGAAAGGCAUGGCAGCUGUGAAUGCCCACAUCGAAGCCCAAAGAUUAGAAGCGGAAGCCGGAAUGGACACCGCAGAGAAUCGUAAAAAAGCGGUCGAAGCUGGGCUUGCUGAAAAGCGACGAGCAUGGGGGGCCCGAGCUUGGGCUAUGCCUCUGGAUGGCUUCAAAGGCAUAUACGGUGCGACGGAGGAAACAGAAAUGAAAGUCUACACUCGCACUUACGAUCUCAAGCACAAAUUCUGGGGGGUUAAACCAGUGGGUAUGACAAUAGACGACUUUUGGGACCUACAUGACCCACAGGUUGAACGAUAUGACGACGCCAAUCAAGAGACUCCAGCAAGUCCUGAGAUAUCGAUGACAGGCUCGCCUCCAAUGGAUCCCCGCCAAUGUAUCAAGCCUACCGCAGAGCCGAGAAGGCGUCAGAAAUUACCACACGUCACUCCCACCAACAGAAUUGGAAAAUCGACUACGGUAUCGCCCAAAGUCAACAAGAGUACUCGGAAGUCUUUGGCCGACAAGGUUGAUUCUGAGCACCGGGGCCUUGGAGACCAGAUGCGAGAAGUGGCAGGGACAGCUCACGCAGCCGGCAGGCUGACUCGGAAAAAGGAAGCUGUGACAGCAUCAGGCGCUCAACAGGAGCCAGCUGUCAAAGAUGAGGGCUCAGCGCCCUUCAAGCGUUCGCGAGGCCGCCCGGCCACCAAGGCAAAGCCAGCCAUGCAGGAUAUCACUGCCUCACCCCCCAAGCGCUCUCGAGGGCGCCCAUCCUUCAAACCCAAGCCAGCCGCAAAUGAUGCAGACGCCAUAACCUCUGUGCGUCCUCGAGGUUGCCCGCCUGCGAAAGGAAAGCUGGCCGAGAAACCCCCGAAGCAAAAGAAGACACCCGCUGUCAAAGGGAACUCAAGGAUCUCAAAAUCCCGGCAGGAAAAACGGCGCCCAGCAGCACCGUCUACUCACAAAAUGCGUACUAGGGGAGAAGGUCCUGCGGAACUCUACCAGUGGAUAGGUUCUAUCUACUCUUCACUCUCUGGGGCCCCUGCUCCCUUGCUCGAGUGGUUGAGCUACUAUGUGCGUCAAGCUUGCGAGUACGAUACAAUAGAGCUGGUCUCUAAUACAUCUCUGAAAGGCCUCGCAUUGGCUCUCAUCUCCAGGACUGGGCUCCGAGAGUCUGGCAGGACGCCUCGGAAGACAUCGAGUCAAAAGGGGGAUCUGGUAUCCACAGCUAUGGUCGCAUACACUCUUUAG